AUGAUUCUCGAGGACACCAUCAAGUUCCGCAAGAGUGCCAAAACACCCGAAGAUGUGGCGCAGUGGCGUUUGACAUACAACUUCAUAAUCGAGACAAAAUAUUUUCUCGAGCGAUACGACAGUAUCGUGGAAACGUGGGAUCUGUGCGACAAGCAGUUUCUGAUGAACCUGUGGAACAUAGAGGAGCUGAUGACGAGUCUGCUGUACAAGUAUACCACUGUCUCGACGGAUUAUAUCAAACAUAGCAGACUGCCGAAGGUGGAAAUAAAGUGUUGUGAUCACCAGUUUGAAAGCUCUAAGGACCUCUACAAGCAUUACUAUACCGUCCACCAUACACCGGGCAGGGUCAACGAUGUCCGAUUUUGUGAGAUGAAAGCAGGGCUGUUGAAGCUGGAGCUAUACAAGAAUAGUUUGAAAUACUAUCUCGAGUUUGGAACCUGGUGCGAUCAUGUGCUAUGCUUGUAUUUGAAAAAAAUCUAUCGAAAGGUGAAUUUUACGCUGGAUCCGUUUCGCGAGGGACCGGGACCGAUCGAACUAGCGAACCCAGCACCACCAGCUGAGGAACAGCUCCCGGUUGAAGAGUGA